AUGCCACUAACGCCGGCGGAAAAGCAAAAAAAUUACAGGGAAAAGCUUAAAGCUAACAAUCCAGAAAAAUAUGAGGAGAUAAAAAAGAAUGCAGCAGAAAAUGCUUUGAGACACAAAAAACAAAUUGAUGAAACGAACGAAAAUUGUAAAAAUGUCAUUAGACUUAAACAACUAGAAAAUAGUAAAACAUCGACUGACAGUGAAGAAGCCAGUAUGAUGAGACAAAAUACAGCUGAGUACACUCCAAGGAAGAGAGUUGAAAAAUUUAUUAGUGAAAACAUUUCUCAUAUUGAAACACCAAAGAAAGAAGUUAUUAAACAAAAACUACUGGAGCAUGAUGUUUUGACAGAAGCACUUAAGUUAGAAAUGAAAAGUUCAAAUCAAGCUGAAAAAAAGAACAUUCAAAAAAGUUUUGAAAAAUGA